GAUUGCAAUGAACCACUAUUAGAAAAAGCAGUAAUUAAAGCUACAUCUUCAUUACCAGACAGAGGACCAGAAAAUGCUAUUCUCAAUGGUGUUUAAAUGUAUCAUAGUGGCGGUUUAAAUAUCUCAAUGACAAUACAUUUUUAAUGCACUUCAUUUCUAAGAAAAUUGCACUGUACAAUUCUACAAUGUCAACAUCAAACAGGGCUCGUUGGGUAUUCGACUGUGGAAAUUGGUUUCCAUCAGAAAAUGAUUGGUCUAUAGCUUCUCGUUCUAUACAACCUGAAGAAAAAGAAAGAAUUGGUCGUUUUGUAUUUAAACAAGAUGCUAAACGUUCAAUUAUAGGACAGUUAAUGAUUAGAAAGUUUUUAUCUGAAGCUACUCAUUUACCAUGGUCAAAAAUAAAAACAAAAAGAGAUCAAAAUAAUAAACCUAUAAUGGAAGGAUUUAAUUUUAAUAUAUCACAUGAUGGUAAUUUAGUUGUUUUAGCUGGUGAAAAAGAAACAAUUGUAGGAAUAGAUAUUAUGAGAAAUUGUUACAAUGGUGGAAAAAGUUUAAAUGAGUUUUUUAGAUUAAUGCAUCGAAACUUUCAUAUAAAUGAGUGGAGAUAUAUAAAUAAGGGAACAGAUACUGAAAAAACCAAUUCAUUUUAUAGAUUUUGGUGCUUAAAAGAAAGUUAUGUUAAAGCAACUGGUACAGGGUUAACUAUUGACCUCAAAAAAAUUUGCUUUAUACCAAAAAGUGAAUUGAUGAAAGAUGUAAUAUUAAGUGAUACAGAAUUAUUUAUUGAUGGUAAAUUAAUGGCUGACUGGAAAUUUCAUGAAUAUUUGUUUGAUAACCAUACAAUAACUGUAUGUGUAAAAGGACCCAUAACCCCAAUUAAAUUUAAGUUCAUAAACUUCCAAGACUUAAUAAGUAAUGCAGAAAUGAUUUUGGAAGAAGAUAAAAAUUAUUGUAAAUUAUUUUUGAGCAAAGAAGAAAAACCAUAAUUAUUAAUUUAAUAAUAUAAUUUUCAUUUAAUAUAACACAGUUAAGUUCUUAGAUGUAAACUGUACUUAUAUUGUUAUUCAAUAUACAUGAAAAUACAGUUACUUAAUAUCUAUUUUAAUAUUGUUGUUUCAUUUAUAGUUUGUAGUCGAUUUGAAAAUAAUAUGGAUAGGAUAUAUUUAUUUUUUACAUGACAUUAUAUAUUGCAUGUUAUGCAGUAAUAGUUGUUAAUUUAUGGGAAUUGGUUGUAUAUUUCUGUUUUCAUGACAAUAAUAAAAGGGUUGUGAUUGUACGUACCUUGUACUAUUAGUUCCGUGGGAAGAAAUGUUAUUGACUGGUACCAAAAAAAAAAAAAAAAUGUAUUUUAUUUUUGCACAUUUGUGCAAUUUUUAUUACACUAUUGCAUUUAUUUGAAAAUAGUAUUAAUCUUAUAGGGUAAAGUGAGACUUAUUUGUGAUAAAUUUACAAAACGUCUACUUACUCAUUAAAUUUUAGUUAUUGGAUUUAAUUCAUACUAUUAAGUGUAUAUGAAGUAAAGGAAUUAGAAUCUGUUCACAUUUGAAAUUGUAUUACCU